CGCUCGGGACUCGGUCUAUGCGGAGCAGCGGGGGCUGCCAUGGGUCGGGGGCUGCUCCGGGGCCUGUGGCCGCUGCACCUCGUCCUGUGGAUGCGCAUCGCCAGCACGAUCUCACCGCACGUUCAGAAGUCGGUUAACAAUGACAUGAUGGCUACGGACAGCAAUAGUGCAAUGAAGUUUUCACAGUUGUGUAAAUUCUGUGAUGUGAGAUCAUCGACGUGUGACAACCAGAAAUCUUGCAUGAGCAACUGCAGCAUUACGGCCAUCUGCGAGAACGCACAAGAAGUCUGUGUGGCUGUCUGGAGAAAAAAUGAUGAAAACAUAACCCUCGAGACGGUUUGCCAUGACCCCAAGCUCACCUAUCAUGGAUUUGUUCUUGACGAUGCGGAUUCUCCAAAGUGUAUAAUGAAGGAGAAAAAGAGGUCUGGUGAGACUUUCUUCAUGUGUUCCUGUAGCUCUGAAGAGUGCAACGACUACAUCAUCUUCUCGGAAGAAAUCGACAGCAACAACCCCGACUUGUGGUUAGUCAUAUUCCAAGUGACAGGUGUCAGCCUCCUGCCACCCCUGGGGAUUGCCAUUGCUGUCAUUGUCACCUUCUACUGCUACCGUGUACACCGGCAGCAGAAACUGAGUCCCUCAUGGGAGACCAGCAAACCGAGGAAGCGCAUGGAGUUCAGCGAACACCUGGCCAUCAUCCUGGAGGAUGACCGCUCAGACAUCAGCUCCACGUGCGCCAACAACAUCAACCACAACACCGAGCUGCUGCCCAUCGAACUGGACAUGCUGGUGGGCAAAGGCCGCUUUGCCGAGGUCUACAAGGCCAAGCUGAAACAGAACACUUCCGAGCAGUUUGAGACCGUGGCGGUUAAAAUCUUCCCUUACGAGGAAUAUGCCUCCUGGAAGACAGAGAAAGACAUUUUCUCCGACAUCAACCUCAAACAUGAGAACAUUCUCCAGUUCCUGACAGCUGAGGAGCGCAAGACUGAAUUGGGGAAGCAGUAUUGGCUGAUCACGGCUUUCCAUGCCAAGGGCAACUUGCAGGAGUACCUCACCAGGCAUGUCAUCAGCUGGGAGGACCUGCGCAAGUUGGGCAGCUCCCUGGCCCGGGGCAUUGCUCACCUGCAUAGCGAUCACACCCUGUGUGGGACACCCAAGAUGCCCAUCGUGCAUAGGGACCUCAAGAGCUCCAACAUUCUUGUAAAGAAUGACCUGACCUGCUGCCUCUGUGACUUUGGUCUUUCCCUGCGUCUAGACCCAACGCUGUCUGUGGAUGACUUGGCCAAUAGUGGGCAGGUGGGAACUGCAAGAUACAUGGCCCCAGAAGUUCUAGAGUCCAGGAUGAAUUUAGAGAACGUUGAGUCAUUCAAGCAGACGGAUGUCUACUCCAUGGCUCUGGUGCUCUGGGAAAUGACGUCUCGGUGCAAUGCUGUGGGAGAAGUGAAAGAUUAUGAGCCACCGUUUGGUUCCAAGGUACGGGAGCAUCCGUGUGUGGAAAGCAUGAAGGACAAUGUGCUGAGAGAUCGGGGGCGACCAGAAAUCCCUAGUUCCUGGCUCAAUCACCAGGGCAUCCAGAUGGUGUGUGAGACGCUGACCGAGUGCUGGGACCACGACCCUGAGGCCCGGCUCACAGCCCAGUGCGUGGCAGAACGCUUCAGCGAGCUGGAGCACCUGGACCGACUCUCGGGACGGAGCUGCUCUGAGGAGAAGAUUCCUGAAGACGGCUCUCUGAACACUACCAAAUAGCUCUUCCAGGGCAGGCCGGGCCGAAGCCAAGGAAGCUAUCCCAUCACCAAAGAACAGAGGCAGAAAGAAGCUGCCCCAGAACCUGAGCUUUCUGGAAACCUGGCUUUUCUUCCUCCUGUCAGCUGUGGGAGAGAGAGCAGCCACCACGGCAGAGGGGAGUGGGUGACAGGAAGCAUUCUGUGCCUUUGACAUUGUCAUGGGAUAAGCUGUUAGCACUUCCUCAGGAAAUGAGUUGAUUUUGACAAUAGCCAAUAACAUUUGCACUUUAUUAAUGCCUGUAUAUAAAUAUGGAAUAGCUAUGUUUUAUAUAUAUAUAUAUUUCUAUAUAUGUCAUAUCUAUAUAUAUAUAUAUAUACAGCCAUACUCUGGAAAGAGACAAGGAGAAAAAAAAGAAAAGAUACCUAGGAUAUGGGUUGGAUGGGAGUGCUCCGGAACAGCACGCAGCUAGAAGGGGCCCGUGGCAGCAUUAGCACACAAUCAUCGCUCCAUAUUCGGUUCUCUGACUAUGCGGGGGCACACUUUGCUUUGGAGAAGUGGCGCUUGUUUCAGAGUUCAGGAAAGUUGCACUGCACUAGCUUUUGCAAAACCAGGCCCUGCCCAUGGGUUCCCUUCUGUCUGUGGAGUGAGAGCCUGCUGUUCAGAGGGUCCUGUUGGGCCACGCCGUUCGUGGUUAGAUACUGAGGAUCAGAAACAAUAUGUCCAUUGUGUCUCAGCUCUGGACUUUUCACUUGAGCUUCAGGCUCUUACCUAUGACUCAUGAACUACCUUUCUCAACUAGCUCAAAACUCUCUAAGAGCAUAGACAUUUGCAAUCUCAUUUCUUGACCUCAGACUUCAGGAAGAAAAGCAGGACAGUUCUCUUGAAUCAGUUAAUCAUUCACUGGCCCCCUUUCAUCCUGAGGAAAGAUUCUUCUUUUAAGCACCGCCCGACUUCACCCCCGGUCCCCAUUUCUAGUCCAAAUCUCAGCCUUCUCCCAUUCCUACAAGGGAACAAAUGUCCCCUCUUGGGUUCAUCCUCUAAAAUUUUUCAUCACAGUUUGGCUUAGAUCUCUCGUUGUCUGUGCAAACAGCAGUAGGUUCUUUUUAUUUUUUUCCUUCUUUUUUUUUUCUGGGCUCCUGAAGUUUGAGUACAUUUGGCACGGGUGGGAAAGAUUUGCGCUGCUACAGUCAGGACUGCUGCCUCGGGGACUUUGAACCUACAUUUUGCUUGGCCAGCACAGCACUGAACAAAAGUAAUUCACUUUUUCAAUAUUUGGAGACUGCAAAAAAAAAAUAUCUAGGUCCCUAAGUGAGGAUAGAGAGCAGAUGCUUUCCUGUUUUCUUCAGUCUCCGUCAUUCACAAAACAAAAAAAAGGUGAGCAAUGAGAGAAAGCUGCUUCACUUCUUAGAACAAUGAUGUUUCCCAUUACCCAAUCCCACCCCAGUCUGCAGGUUGAGCUCACCCUUAACGAAGCUCCCUUAUAAGAAAUGUGCAUUAAAGCAGCCAUUCUUUGGCUCUAUAGUAUGGUUUUGGUCACACCCUCUACCCACUCUGGGGUUAAGAUAGGAUGUUGAGGGGCUGGAGCCAUAGCACAGCGGGUAGAGCGUUUGCCUUGCAUGCGGCCAACCUGGGUUCGAUUCCCAGCAUCCCAUAUGGUCCCCUGAGCACCGCCAGGAGUUAAUUCCUGAGUGAAGAGCCAGGACUAACCCCUGUGCAUCGCCAGGUGUGACCCAAAAAGCCAAAAAAAAAAAAAAAAAAAAAGAUAGGAUGUUGGUUUUUUGUUUUUUUUUUUAAAGACUAAAGCGGACCUUUUCUACAGGGUCCCUGUAAACAAAUCUUCUGUGCUUAUAUGUUAAGAGUUUUCUCCCCUGUGUCUGGAAGGGGAGCUCUUUUUCUCCAAGAAGCUUUUGCCAUGGUUAAUGGCCUGUCAUUAACCUUACCAACCUCUGCAGAAUUUACAAGUGAGGACUUGAAUGAGGGACACAAGAGUCCCAUUUGCAGUUAGGCAAUUUGUGUCCACACGGACAAGAACAGAGAGUGAGCUUUAAUACUCCGUAGGAAGCAUGUUAAUCCAUAAAAAUGUAUUCAUGCUGCAAAUAACAGUCUCUUUUUAAAAACUGUGUUUGAAGCUACUUAUUUUCAGCCAAAUAGGAAUUUUAUCAAGGGACCGGCAAUGAGCAGAUCAGCUCAAUUUUAGAUUUGAAAAGGUCUCCAUCUCAUUGGGUUUUCACAGGAUAUGUUGACAUUUGAGGUUAGGUGGAACUUUCUAGAACCCUGCUCAGUGUGGGUAGGCUGAGAGAGUUCAAGACAGACUGGCUGCAGUGCCAUGAAAUGCCUAGGAAUUCUGUGCUCCUUAGGGCUCUUUGAUACCAUCUCAACAGCUGUUGCUCAUUGACCUCUAGUGGCGAAUUUCUAGAAUACCGGUCGAUCAAUAGGAUCUUCCAAACUUCAAGAAUUUUAUCAUUUCUUGGUCAUCAUCAGCCUAAACUGGAAUGUAGUGUCAGGUGAUACUGUGGCUCUUUUUGUUUAUUUUCUUGUGCUCAAGAAAAAGACCAAGACUACAUUCUUUAGUUCCUAAAAAUACUACUAUGCAUAAAAAAAAAAGUUUUAUUCUUUUUAUGGAACAUUUCAACAGUAAUCAUGUAUUAAAAUAGGAAUGUGAAAUGCUAUAUACUCUUUUUAUAUCAAAUGUCUCAAGCACUUAUUUCCAUUUUAUGCAUUGUCUUUUGUAUAAAUAAAAUGUUUAUUAGAUUGAAUAAAGUAAAAAUACUCAGGUCA